AUACGCGGCGGCGGCGAGUGCGUCGAGCUCGCCGCGGACCCAAGAUGGCGGCGUGUGGACGUGUACGGAGGAUGUUCCGCUUGUCGGCGGCGCUGCAUCUGCUGCUGCUAGCCGCGGCCGGGGCCGAGAAACUCCCCGGCCAGGGCGUCCACAGCCAGGGCCAGGGUCCCGGGGCCAACUUUGUGUCCUUCGUAGGGCAGGCCGGAGGCGGCGGCCCGGCGGGUCAGCAGCUGCCCCAGCUGCCUCAGUCAUCGCAGCUCCAGCAGCAGCAGCAACAGCAACAGCAGCCUCAGCCGCCGCAGCCGCCUUUCCCGGCGGGUGGGCCUCCGGCCCGGCGGGGAGGAGCGGGGGCUGGUGGGGGCUGGAAGCUGGCGGAGGAAGAGUCCUGUAGGGAGGACGUGACCCGCGUGUGCCCCAAGCACACCUGGAGCAACAACCUGGCGGUGCUCGAGUGCCUGCAGGAUGUGAGGGAGCCUGAAAAUGAAAUUUCUUCAGACUGCAAUCAUUUGUUGUGGAAUUAUAAGCUGAACCUAACUACAGAUCCCAAAUUUGAAUCUGUGGCCAGAGAGGUUUGCAAAUCUACUAUAACAGAGAUUAAAGAAUGUGCUGAUGAACCGGUUGGAAAAGGUUACAUGGUUUCCUGCUUGGUGGAUCACCGAGGCAACAUCACUGAGUAUCAGUGUCACCAGUACAUUACCAAGAUGACGGCCAUCAUUUUUAGUGAUUACCGUUUAAUCUGUGGCUUCAUGGAUGACUGCAAAAAUGACAUCAACAUUCUGAAAUGUGGCAGUAUUCGGCUUGGAGAAAAGGAUGCACAUUCACAAGGUGAGGUGGUAUCAUGCUUGGAGAAAGGCCUGGUGAAGGAAGCAGAAGAAAGAGAACCCAAGAUUCAAGUUUCUGAACUCUGCAAGAAAGCCAUUCUCCGGGUGGCUGAGCUAUCAUCGGAUGACUUUCACUUAGACCGGCAUUUAUAUUUUGCUUGCCGAGAUGAUCGGGAGCGUUUUUGUGAAAAUACACAAGCUGGUGAGGGCAGAGUGUAUAAGUGCCUCUUUAACCAUAAAUUUGAAGAAUCCAUGAGUGAAAAGUGUCGAGAAGCACUUACAACCCGCCAAAAGCUGAUUGCCCAGGAUUAUAAAGUCAGUUAUUCAUUGGCCAAAUCCUGUAAAAGUGACUUGAAGAAAUACCGGUGCAAUGUGGAAAACCUUCCACGAUCGCGUGAAGCCAGGCUCUCCUACCUGUUAAUGUGCCUGGAGUCAGCUGUACACAGAGGGCGACAAGUCAGCAGUGAGUGCCAGGGGGAGAUGUUGGAUUACCGACGCAUGUUGAUGGAAGACUUUUCUCUGAGCCCUGAGAUCAUCCUAAGCUGUCGGGGGGAGAUUGAACACCACUGUUCCGGAUUACAUCGAAAAGGGCGAACCCUACACUGUCUGAUGAAAGUAGUUCGAGGGGAGAAGGGGAACCUUGGAAUGAAUUGCCAGCAGGCGCUUCAAACACUGAUUCAGGAGACAGACCCUGGUGCAGAUUACCGCAUUGAUCGAGCUUUGAAUGAAGCUUGUGAAUCUGUAAUCCAGACAGCCUGCAAACACAUAAGAUCCGGAGACCCAAUGAUCUUGUCAUGCCUGAUGGAACAUUUAUACACAGAGAAGAUGGUAGAAGACUGUGAACAUCGUCUCUUAGAGCUGCAGUAUUUCAUCUCCCGGGAUUGGAAAUUGGACCCUGUCCUAUACCGCAAGUGCCAGGGAGACGCUUCUCGUCUUUGCCAUACCCACGGUUGGAAUGAGACCAGUGAAUUUAUGCCUCAGGGAGCUGUGUUCUCUUGUUUAUACAGACACGCCUACCGCACUGAGGAACAGGGAAGGAGGCUCUCACGGGAGUGCCGAGCUGAAGUCCAAAGGAUCCUACACCAGCGUGCCAUGGAUGUCAAGCUGGAUCCUGCCCUCCAGGAUAAGUGCCUGAUUGAUCUGGGAAAAUGGUGCAGUGAGAAAACAGAGACUGGACAGGAGCUGGAGUGCCUCCAGGACCAUCUGGAUGACUUGGUGGUGGAGUGUAGAGAUAUAGUUGGCAACCUCACUGAGUUAGAAUCAGAGGAUAUUCAAAUAGAAGCCUUGCUGAUGAGAGCCUGUGAGCCCAUAAUUCAGAACUUCUGCCACGAUGUGGCAGAUAACCAGAUAGACUCUGGGGACCUGAUGGAGUGUCUGAUACAGAACAAACACCAGAAGGACAUGAACGAGAAGUGUGCCAUCGGAGUCACCCACUUCCAGCUGGUGCAGAUGAAGGAUUUUCGGUUUUCUUACAAGUUUAAAAUGGCCUGCAAGGAGGACGUGUUGAAGCUUUGCCCAAACAUAAAAAAGAAGGUGGACGUGGUGAUCUGCCUGAGCACGACCGUGCGCAACGACACUCUGCAGGAAGCCAAGGAGCACAGGGUGUCCCUGAAGUGCCGCAGGCAGCUCCGCGUGGAGGAGCUGGAGAUGACGGAGGACAUACGCCUGGAGCCAGAUCUGUAUGAAGCCUGCAAGAGUGACAUCAAAAACUACUGUUCCACUGUGCAAUAUGGCAACGCUCAGAUUAUUGAAUGUCUGAAAGAAAACAAGAAGCAGCUAAGCACCCGCUGCCACCAGAAAGUAUUUAAGCUGCAGGAGACAGAGAUGAUGGACCCAGAGCUAGACUACACCCUCAUGAGGGUCUGCAAGCAGAUGAUAAAGAGGUUCUGUCCAGAAGCAGAUUCUAAAACCAUGUUGCAGUGCUUGAAGCAAAAUAAAAACAGUGAAUUGAUGGAUCCCAAAUGCAAACAGAUGAUAACCAAGCGCCAGAUCACCCAGAACACAGAUUACCGCUUAAACCCCAUGCUAAGAAAAGCCUGUAAAGCUGACAUUCCUAAAUUCUGUCACGGUAUCCUGACUAAGGCCAAGGAUGAUUCAGAAUUAGAAGGACAAGUCAUCUCUUGCCUCAAGCUGAGAUAUGCUGACCAGCGCCUGUCUUCAGACUGCGAAGACCAGAUCCGAAUCAUUAUCCAGGAGUCCGCCCUGGACUACCGCCUGGAUCCUCAGCUCCAGCUGCACUGCUCAGACGAGAUCUCCAGUCUAUGUGCUGAAGAAGCAGCAGCCCAAGAGCAGACAGGUCAGGUGGAGGAGUGCCUCAAGGUCAAUCUGCUCAAGAUCAAAACAGAAUUGUGUAAAAAGGAAGUGUUAAACAUGCUGAAGGAAAGCAAAGCAGACAUCUUUGUUGACCCGGUACUUCAUACUGCUUGUGCCCUGGACAUUAAACACCACUGCGCAGCCAUCACCCCCGGCCGCGGACGUCAAAUGUCCUGUCUCAUGGAAGCACUGGAGGAUAAGCGGGUGAGGUUACAGCCUGAGUGCAAAAAGCGCCUUAAUGACCGGAUUGAGAUGUGGAGUUACGCAGCAAAGGUGGCCCCAGCAGAUGGCUUCUCUGAUCUUGCCAUGCAAGUAAUGACAUCUCCAUCUAAGAACUACAUUCUCUCUGUGAUCAGUGGGAGCAUCUGUAUAUUGUUCCUGAUUGGCCUGAUGUGUGGACGGAUCACCAAGCGAGUGACACGAGAGCUCAAGGACAGGCUACAAUACAGGUCAGAGACAAUGGCUUAUAAAGGUUUAGUGUGGUCUCAGGAUGUGACAGGCAGUCCAGCCUGACCUUUCUGCACACUCCAGACAAACUUCCCAGACAAGCUCCUUUGUGCCUCUACGUGGAGAGGGUGUGGAAAGUUAUCACAUUAAAAGAUGGAGGAUUUGC